CUCAAGUCCGAUAGAAUCUCUCGCGCUGCAUCGGCAUAGAUCGUCACUACCUCCGGCGAAGUAGCUAAUCCUUUCCUGCGCAUACCACUCCGUACCUGCAAUUGCAGUGCGUUCUCGCGCCCCUGUCUCUCGGCUCUUGGCACCGCCCAUUGCCCAUCCCUUGCCUACCUCCCGACUCCUAUUAUCUGCGCGUCCCGACAACCGUUGCCCUCCGUCCAAACCCGCCUGCGGCGAACCCCCAAUUAGCGCAUUACCAAGGCCUCCCCCGCCCUCUCGAACUUGACAUCUAGAUCCUCCCACGCACCACAUCCAUCCAUCCUCCCAGCCGAAGGCGCGAUGCCCACCCCCUCCAACAACGGGCCGGACCCCCAGUCGCCGCGCGCCUACCCCUUCUCAACAUGCCCCGACCCCGAUGAGCAGAACUCGCCGCACCAGCAGCCGCAGCAGCAGCAGCAGACACAGCGCGCGCGCACGCCAUCAAGUUGGCGUCCGCACCCGCCCCCCGCCCCCAUGGAGGUGGAUGCCUCGGCGUCGCGGUCACCAACCAUGUCGCCGCGGCCGCAGUCGGGCGGUUCCCCGGACCGUGACAGGGGAGAGCCCGAGGGGAUGAUCACCACCCCGGGCGAUACGGAUGAUAGCCAGAAGCCCACGGACACGGACGAGGAUAUGCUGGUGGGUGAUGCGGUUGGUGGCAGUGGCGCCGGUGAUGGCGCCGGUGACGGAGGAGGAAGGGGCGGGAGACGAGGCGGGAUCCCGGUUGGCGUGAGGCCUGUUAGCGAGAGUGAUAUCAUCCAAGACGGCGUCAGUGCCAGAAGGACGGGGCGGAGAUCAACCGGGGCGGCCGAGUCGUCGAGCAGGAGGCGGCAGGCGCUGGAUAUGGUCUCGCCCGCAAGUAUUGAGGUGGACCCGAUGGACGGCGGAGAGUUGGCAGUGGGUGGCCCGCCGUGGGUGGAGGACACGGGGCUGCUGGGAAUGGGGUACGAGUACGCGGAUACGAGGGUGAUACCCGUUUCGCCGUCUUCGUAUCUACGUCCGGGGAGCCGCUUUCAUGGGACACAGCAGUCAGAGCGACAACGGUAUGAUGUUCAGGUUGAGAUCAAGCAUGUCGAUCUACGAGAGUCGUUUUUGUGCGGGUAUCUGCGCAUUCAAGGCCUGACAGAGGACCACCCGACCCUGACGACGUACUUCGAGGGCGAGAUCAUCGGGACCAAGUACGGCUUCAAGACGCAGCACCCGUCGUGGGGCGCCAGCGACAAGGACGACCUGUCGCACUGGGCCAAGUUCACGGCGUUCCGCCCCUUCGCCAAGCAGGCGCGCAAGGGCGGCCAGGUGCUCAUCAAGGACGUCGCCCAGCGCGAGAACAUCUUCAUGCGCUGGAAGGAGCACUUCCUUGUCCCCGACCACCGCGUCCGCACCAUCAGCGGCGCCAGCUUCGAGGGCUUCUACUACAUCUGCUUCAACCAGGUGCGCGGCGAGGUCAGCGGCAUUUAUUUCCACAAGAAUAGCGAAAAGUUCCAACAGCUAGAGCUGAAGCAUGUCGAGAACAAAGGGUGUUUUGGCGCCAUGGAAUUUAGAUGAAUUGGCCUCUCUUACUCUAAUCGUGUAGAUGGUCAAGUCAAGAGGGAGGAGAGGAGGGAGAUCUCCACCCGUUCGGAGGCGACGCACGAGGUGUCAAGCGAGCCAUGAAGGAAGGAAGGAAGGAAGGAAAGGAAAGCAUUUUUCUCCUC